AUGGGUAUUCCUCUAGUUGCUCCAGGUGAUAUGGCUGAUUUGUCUCAAUUUGAGUUUCAACUUUUUUUGGCUUCUGCUGUUGUGGAAAGUUUUGAAUGUAAAGAAAUUGAAAAAGGUUUAAACAUUACGUUAAAAAAGCAAAAUGCUGGAUUUUGGAAGAAUGGAUUAGUAAAUCCAGACCACAAAUUGGAGACAAAGCUUUGGUUAAAAUUUGAUUUUGAUAAAUGGAAAGAUGACCCUGAAGAUGUUGACAAUGAAGAUGUUGAUUUUGAGGAGGGAGAUGGUUUGAGAAUGAGAAAGGUUUUUUUAGUAAUUUUAAAUGUGUAUAGGCAAAGUUUCGAUAUAGGAUACCCCAUGGAGUUGGAAAAAUUUUGUGUCUUGUAAUGAAGUGUCUUAAAUAGAGGGUAACGUUUAAACGAUUUCUGCACCUUGUGGCCAACUAAAUUUAAAAAAUGGUGCCU